CAUAGUACCCUGGGUCAAAGAUCAAAGCACAUGGACCAAGACGUGCAAGAUGGCGGAGAAAAGUGGAAGUCGCGACGUCGUAGAAAAACAGGAGCAAAACGAGCUAUUGACAGUUCCAGAAGGGUGGAAGGAGCCUGGCUUCUCUAAGGAAGAUAACCCACAUGGCAUGCUAGAAGAGAGCUCCUUCGCAACGCUCUUUCCUAAAUACCGGGAGCAGUACUUGCGGGAGUGUUGGCCCCUGGUGAAGAAGAAGCUUGCCGAGUUCGGUGUGCGAGCUGUGCUCGAUGUUAUAGAAGGGAGUAUGACGGUCGCCACAACGAGGAAGACCUGGGACCCGUUCGUCGUCAUCAGAGCAAGAGACUUGAUCAAACUGCUGGCGAGAAGUGUUCCUUACGAACAAGCUGUUCGUAUCCUAGAGGAUGACGUAUUCUGUGACAUCAUCAAAAUAGGCGGCCUGGUGAGGAACAAGGAGAGGUUUGUGAAGAGGAGACAGAGGCUGAUCGGACCGAACGGACAAACUCUCAAAGCUGUGGAACUCCUCACACAGUGUUAUGUCCUGGUGCAAGGCAACACGGUGGCCGCCAUAGGGUCCCACAAGGGACUGAGGGAUGUGCGAAAAAUCGUUGUGGACACGAUGAAAAACAUCCACCCAGUCUACAACAUCAAGGCCAUGAUGAUCAAAAGAGAGCUGGCCAAGGACCCCGUGUUGAAGAACGAAUCGUGGGACAGAUUUCUGCCCAAGUUCCAGCACAAACAGCUAUCCAAGAGGAAACAGCCAUUUAAGAAGCGAGAGAAGAAAGCAUACACACCCUUCCCACCUCCACAGCCAGAGAGCAAGGUUGAUCAGGAGCUAGCAACAGGUGAAUUCUUCAUGAAAGAGAAGGAGAAGAAGCAAAGGAAGAAGCAGCAGCAGCGCGUACGGGAGGUGGAGGCGAAGAAGGCCCAGCAGGAGAGGAGAAACAAGGCAUUCAUCCCUCCAGAGGAGCCAGCCCACAAGGCCCACAGUACCGCGGGGACAGAAGCUAAUUCUAAAGUUGAUGUUGAAGCAUUGAAGAAGAAAAUUAAAAAAUCACAAAAGACAAAGCUUGGGGCAAAUCCAAAAUCUGUACAGAAGACAGAGAAGAUGAAAGUCAAGGGAAAUUGAAAUGUGAUUUACUUGCAAG